AUGGAUACACCAAGCCCUAGAGACCCUCGUUUCUCACCAAGAAGUCAAGCUUCUGCACUUCCAAGACUGGAAGCAAUGCAAAGACCAUCACCACCUACUGAAGAAGAAGAUGUUUGGCACUAUGAUCCUAUUGAUCCCAACAAGAUAAGCCCCAUGAAGCUUAAGGAGUUCAAUGCUAAGGUGAAAUCACUUCCAUUCUAUGUCACUUUUGAAGAAGCUUGGGAUAAUCAUGGUCUAGUGGAGUUCUUUUUCACAACUAGUGAAAAGAAAGAAGAGAUACACCAACUCUUCAGGAAAGCUCGAUUUCCCCUUGCCCCUCAUGGAGUCAAUCAACCACCAUCACCACCAUCAUCACCACCGCCCAAGUGGUAUGUCAAUUCCAUAUCAAGAUUUCCCCUUGCCCCUCGACCGGCUGGCCGAGGAACGAUUGUUCCGCGCUCGGCCAAAACCGAAUUCCGUCCGACUGAUGUCUCGGCCAAAGUUCAAGCCAUCCGGCCGAUCACGCAGUACGACCCGGGAACAUUGUCCCGCGGUCGGCCAAGCAAGCAACCACGCCAAGCCGCGCACGACCAAGGCGCGCGAGCCGGGAAACAAAGCCGCGGCCGCGCAACUCGUUCCGCGUACCACGGCCGAUGCACUCGUCCGACCGGGAAGAUCGACCCACGUCCGGCCGAGAAUCCUUCGGCCAAACUCAAACCGCUCGACCAAGCCGGCCGACCGUUAAACAUCCGGCCCCGACCGUUCCGACCUCGACCAAAGACCCGACUGUCCGGCCGACCGUCCCGACGACCGUCCGAACGCCGCGGUCGACCCGAAGCCGUUUUUGAAGCCCAAUCCGCACAAUUCAAGCCCAAAGCCGGCGCCGCCCUAGCUAGAUUAGGUUUAGCCGCUUACAUACUUAGAGCAUUAUAA